CCCAAUUCCUCAUUUAUUCACACUUACUACUCUCUCUCAUUAACUAUUGCUAAUUUUCUUCAUUUUUUGCAAGUUGAAAAAAGAAUAAAGUGCAAUUUGAAAGAAGGAAAAAAAGUUCAUUUUGCCUUCAAAAGGCACAAUCUUGAUAAAGGAGGAGAUAAUUUACAACAUGGGUUCUAAGCUAAUACUAAUGUUGAAUGUGUUGUUGGUGUUGUUGGGUUCAUGGGUUUUUUCUGGAACGGCUUCUGUUUCAUAUGACCAUAGGGCUAUUAUUGUAAACGGACAAAGGAGAAUCCUUAUUUCUGGUUCUGUUCACUACCCAAGAAGCACUCCUGAGAUGUGGCCAGGUAUUAUUCAAAAGGCUAAAGAAGGAGGUGUGGAUGUGAUUCAGACCUAUGUUUUCUGGAAUGGGCAUGAGCCUCAACAAGGGAAAUAUUAUUUUGAAGGGAGAUAUGAUUUAGUGAAGUUUAUUAAGCUGGUGCACCAAGCAGGACUUUAUGUCCAUCUCAGAGUUGGACCUUAUGCUUGUGCUGAAUGGAAUUUUGGGGGUUUUCCUGUUUGGCUCAAAUAUGUUCCAGGUAUCAGUUUCAGAACAGAUAAUGGACCUUUCAAGGCUGCAAUGCAAAAGUUCACUACCAAGAUUGUCAAUAUGAUGAAAGAGGAACGAUUGUAUGAAACUCAAGGCGGCCCAAUAAUUCUAUCUCAGAUUGAGAAUGAAUAUGGACCCAUGGAAUGGGAACUAGGAGCACCCGGUAAAGCUUACGCACAGUGGGCAGCCAAAAUGGCUGUGGGUCUUGACACUGGUGUCCCAUGGAUCAUGUGCAAGCAAGAUGAUGCCCCUGAUCCUAUUAUUAAUGCUUGCAAUGGCUUCUACUGUGACUACUUUUCUCCAAACAAGGCUUAUAAACCAAAGAUAUGGACUGAAGCCUGGACUGCAUGGUUUACUGGUUUUGGAAAUCCAGUUCCUUACCGUCCUGCUGAGGACUUGGCAUUUGCUGUUGCAAAAUUUAUACAGAAGGGAGGUUCCUUCAUCAAUUAUUACAUGUAUCAUGGAGGAACAAACUUUGGACGGACUGCUGGUGGCCCAUUUAUUGCUACUAGUUAUGACUAUGACGCACCUCUUGAUGAAUAUGGAUUACUGCGACAACCUAAAUGGGGUCACCUGAAAGAUCUGCAUAGAGCAAUAAAGCUUUGUGAACCAUCUUUAGUUUCUGGAGAUCCAACUGUGACAGCACUUGGACACCAGCAGGAGGCCCAUGUUUUUAGGUCGAAGUCUGGCUCUUGUGCUGCAUUCCUUGCAAACUACGACCAACACUCUUUUGCUACCGUAGCAUUUGCAAACAGGCAUUACAACUUGCCACCAUGGUCAAUCAGCAUUCUUCCAGACUGCAAGAACACUGUAUUUAACACAGCAAGGAUUGGUGCUCAAAGCGCUCAGAUGAAGAUGACUCCAGUCAGCAGAGGAUUGCCCUGGCAGUCAUUCAAUGAAGAGACAGCAUCUUAUGAAGACAGUAGUUUUACAGUUGUUGGGUUACUGGAACAGAUAAAUGUAACAAGAGAUGUGUCUGAUUAUUUGUGGUAUUCAACUGAUGUCAAGAUUGAUCCACGAGAAAAGUUUUUGAGAGGCGGAAAAUGGCCUUGGCUUACAAUCAUGUCAGCUGGCCAUGCAUUGCAUGUUUUUGUGAAUGGUCAAUUAGCAGGAACUGCAUAUGGAAGUUUAGAAAAACCGAAACUAACUUUCAGUAAAGCUGUAAAUCUAAGAGCAGGUGUUAACAAGAUUUCUCUGCUGAGCAUUGCUGUUGGCCUUCCGAAUAUUGGCCCACAUUUUGAGACAUGGAAUGCUGGUGUUCUUGGGCCAGUUUCACUCAGUGGUCUUGACGAGGGGAAGAGAGAUUUAACAUGGCAGAAAUGGUCUUACAAGGUUGGUCUGAAAGGUGAAGCCUUGAGCCUUCAUUCACUCAGUGGUAGCUCGUCAGUUGAGUGGGUCGAGGGUUCGUAUGUGGCUCAGAGACAGCCACUCACAUGGUACAAGAGCACUUUCAAUGCUCCAGCUGGAAAUGAUCCUUUGGCUUUAGACUUGAAUACCAUGGGAAAAGGCCAAGUGUGGAUAAAUGGUCAAAGCCUCGGACGCUAUUGGCCUGGAUAUAAAGCAUCUGGUAACUGCGGUGCCUGUAACUAUGCAGGCUGGUUUGAUGAGAAAAAGUGCCUAAGUAACUGUGGAGAGGCUUCACAACGAUGGUAUCAUGUUCCCCGUUCUUGGCUGUAUCCUACGGGAAAUUUGUUAGUUCUAUUUGAGGAAUCAGGAGGAGAGCCUCAUGGAAUCUCUUUGGUAAAAAGAGAAGUCGCAAGUGUUUGUGCAGAUAUAAACGAAUGGCAACCACAGUUGAUGAAUUGGCAAAUGCAAGCAUCUGGUAAAGUCGACAGACCACUAAGGCCUAAAGCUCACCUCUCUUGUGCUUCUGGUCAGAAGAUUACUUCAAUCAAAUUUGCAAGCUUUGGAACACCACAGGGGGUCUGCGGAAGCUUCCGGGAAGGAAGCUGCCACGCCUUCCACUCAUAUGAUGCUUUUGAAAGGUAUUGCAUCGGGCAAAAUUCGUGCUCAGUACCUGUGACACCAGAGAUCUUUGGAGGUGAUCCAUGUCCACAUGUUAUGAAGAAACUCUCAGUUGAGGUUAUUUGCAGUUGAUGACACUGAAGAUAAACAAAUAAAGUGGUUUCAGUUAGUUAUCUCAAGUACUGUAUAGCAAUGUCUACGUGUUCACUUUCUGAAGAUAUUUUUGAAGAUCCAUUACAUAUCAAAAAGUUGGCUUUGAUGGGGUGAAGUUGUACAGAUAUGCAACACACCUUUUCAAUGGCCCAAGAUUCUGUACAUAUAUGUUGGUCACUGUCAAGUUGGUGUUGGUUUGCAACUGUAAAACAUAGUAGUAUAGUCAUUGGACCAAGUGCACAUCGAGAUUGUGUCGGUGGGAGGUAGCAGGUUCGAAGGAAAAUCUGGGUCUGCACAAGCUGGCUUGGAUACCAUGGUUAUAACACAAGAAGCACAUCGAGACUGAUUCUUGAUUAGUCCAUGUGUAGAUAUUGUUACUGUUAGAAUUUGCAAGUCUUACGAUUUGAGGAUUUUCUGUAUUUUAUUACUCCAUCUAUGUAAAAACAGCAAUCUUUCAUUGCCUAUGAUGAUGUGAAAUAACAUCAAAUUCUCUUUUA